CGAGCUAUGCGAGCUCGCGAUCGCACGCUCGCUCGCGCCCACUGGGACUACAGCUACGAGUGUCAUUCACCGCUGAUGUGCGCACCGAUGUUUUAAGAUACGGGCUCUGCACACGCACACACACACACAUACACACACACACACACAUAACACACCUUACACAUACAUCUCACACAUCUAAAGCAUACGUACCAGCACGUAUACUUUACAUAUACUAUAUAUACACACAUAUAGAUAUAGACAUCGCCGGGCGGCGGAAGUGUUUUGCUCGAUCCUCUUCGUCGCGCGCGCACUGCGAUACACGGGGCCUUUAGUUCGUCCCUCUCGCUCUCUCUUGCUCUGUCCUGCUACGGCGCCGGGUACGGCCUACCAAGGAAGGCGAUCCGCGCUCGCUCCUCCGCGUCCCGUUUCAAGUCUUCGACACCGAUCAUCGUCAAGCUUCUGUGUCCUGGACACAACGAUUCGUCCGGUUCGCCCGCCACACGACGGGUUAUGUUUCCUACUUUCAUCGGGAUCCUAGACAUUCAAUCGUGGUGGGAGGUGCCAAGUAUAGCGCACUUUUGCUCAUUAUUUAGAGCUGCCUUCAAUCUUCUGGAUUUUGAUAUUGAGGAUUUAGAAGAAGCUUUAUUAACAGACGGAGGUACCGAGGGACGACUGCUCCAAGAAUUAAUAGUAAAGCUAUUAGAAGGCUGCUUGCCAAAUGAUAAACACAAUGGCAUCUCUACCACUAAUUAUCAGAUGUUUCUUCGUAGACUUUUUCGACAAAAAUGUCAAGAAUACAAGUGCAAAAAUCCUUUCGAUAAAGACGAAGAUUUUGAGUGUUUAUCGCUCCGGCGAAAAGUAGAGAUACUACGUGCGCUCUGUGACUUCAGGCUAGACGCCGAGGACGUAGAGCAGUCGUUAGGUAAUUUGGACUCGGAUAGUCUGCGAGUCGAACCUUUGGGACAUGAUCGUAAGAAUUCUGCCUACUGGUACUUCUACGGCACUCGAUUGUACCGGGAGGAUUACAUUGAUACGUCUAAUAGUGCCUCACACAAGCAAAAAAGUAAACCGAGGGACAAAAAGCGUAAAAAACGACGGAACAGAGUGGCAAAAGAGGAACAGGAAGAAAAAGAGAAGGAGGAAGAUAGUUUAAUAGAUAGCGAGAAUAUUGGGCAAGAGAGCGUGUGGCAAGUAGUCUGUUUUACGCAGCAAGAUUGGAGCAGAUUAGUUGAAAAAUUUCGCGAUUCGGAAUACGAUACUGAACGCAAGCUUUAUCGUACGUUGUCCGAGGACUUUAUGCCGGAAUUACCGAAACUGUUUGAGCUAAAAGAAAAACAUCAAAGACGUAAAUUGUUACAACGUAAUAGUGCGCGAGUGCUUCGUAGCCAGGAACCUGUGACGCCUAUGGAUGCAGUCAUGGUCAGGCCCAAGAUUAAGACAAAAUCAACUAAAGGAACUAAAAAAGGGACGCAAGCUUCGAAAUCCGCUUAUAUCAAAGAAGAGGAAGAGGCUCCACCGUUACCGACCUCGCCGAUUCAAAAAAAAGGGCGACAAACAAACAAUUCCUUGGCCUCAGCUGUUGGCCAGAUUGUGAUUCAUACCAGAGAUGAGGUGGAGGACUUGGAGAAAAAGAAGGGCAUUGGCAAUCAGGGCGAUGGCAAUUAUGUGUCUUGUAACUACGGGUACAAAUAUGACUAUCAAUUCGACGAAGAGAUACGUUGUGUCGGUAUGCACAAAGUUCUCGAGUAUGUCAAAGAUCACGUCGAUGCUUGGCCGUUUAUCGAUCCUGUGGAUGAAGAGUACGCACCAAGAUAUUACAGCGUGGUGCGUAGGCCUAUGGAUCUCAGUACUAUGGAAGAGAAACUGGAAGGCGGUUCAUAUAAAAGUAUAAGUCAGUUCAAACGCGAUUUUCGUCUUAUCGUUGACAAUUGUAGGCAAUAUAAUGGCUCUGAUAAUGAAUAUACGGAAAUGGCGAUUAAUCUUAAGGACGCAUUUGAUAAAGCCGUGAUUAAAUAUUUGGAUCAGUCGGAAUCCAGUGAUGAGGAUCCCGCGUCUCGCUCAUUAGCGGGAACACCUACAUCACCGUCGUAUCCUUCACGUCACUUGUCCUCUUCGCAUCAAAACACACGUAAUAAACGCUCGAAAAAAUCAACCAAAAAAUCGAAAUUGCAUAAACCAGAAAGUAGAACAAAAUCUAAAAGUAACGAGAAAGUAGACGAGGACGAAAAAAGAAGUAAGAAUAUUAAGGUUGCAAAAAAGAAAAGAGGAAAGAAAAAGGGUAAAAAGGCGAAAGACGAAGAUUUAGAAGAGGAUGAGGAAGAACUAGGAGACCAAGAAAGCGACGAUGCAAUAUCCGAAGUUAGUGUUGUAGCGUCCAAAAGAAGAAAAAAUGUUGAUGUAAAUAGUUUACUUAAAACCAAAAAGCUACCUAAGGAAUCGGAAGAAUUGAAACAGUCUAAUAAAAAAGCAAACAAAGAGCGACAUCCGCCAAAAAAAGACACGGAAAUUGUACGAUCCGCGAAAGAAACGAAGGAGAACAAAAGGCGGAAAGAGGAUUUCGAGGAAGAUUAUGAAACUCCAGUUAUAGCAAAAAGUAAGAGUAGGAAGAUAGAGAAGAAAGAAAUAGAGGAAACUGGAAUAUUGUCGGACAAUACCAAGAAGAGUAAAUUAAAAAAGAUCGAAGUAGAAGAAAGUGAGACAGUGUUUGAAGAAAAUAAUAAACAAUCUUCUCACAUUAGGACGAAAAAAAGUCGUAAAAAAGAAAAGACAAGUUUAAAGACUGCAACCAAGGCUGAUGAAAAAUCCGACAAGAGCCAUACAAGGCAAAAAGAUAAGAAAUCAAAACAGAAAAACGAAGAUUUAAAGAACGGAGAGUUGAAAAGUCGAACAGAUUCCAAAGAUGUAGGAUUAGAAAGUGCUGAUUCAAAGCAUUCUCACAACUCUAAGAAACUCUCUACGUUAUUCGGUGUCAUCAAUAAGGAUGAUUCUUUUGAUAGUUUAAAGGAUAAGAUAAAUGAUAGGAAACAUGAUGAGAAAUUGAAAUCUGAGAAAGAGAAACAAAGAAAAGCGGUGAAAAGCGACACUCACGGUGUCCAUUCUAAAAAAGUGCCUUCAAACAGUAAUACUUUCCAUGACAAUGACAAAGAUAAUGCGAAGCGAUCGAAAUCGAAGAAACCUGCGAAAGAGGAUAAAACUGUGGACGAUACGAUUAAGAAGCAAGAUCCAGAAGUCAGUGAAAAUAAGAAAGCUUCGAAACACAGCAAAGGAUUGGGAGCAGAAGAAAGCGCUACAAUUCAAGCAUUAAAUCAAGCGACGGAAAAAACACUUCAUGACAUCAACAAGUGGCUUGACGACGCACCAAAACUUUCGGAAUUUUCUUCUGGCAGUAACUCUCCGGUGCUCCAAACGUCUUCCGCCGAGUCCGUACGGUCCGGGACGAAAGUAGAAGCUGCGCGAAAGAGACCGGGCUCUAUCAAAAUAUUCGGUCCUCACGGGCCGAGUCGACCGAAAAAAAUACAGCGUACGAUCGAUCGUUUGCAACCUGGUAAGAGUAAAGGAAAUCUACUUUUGAAGAAACCGCUCACCUUGCCGAGCGGCAACGCCAGCGACACCGCGGUUUACACCGCUAACGAGAACGAUCAAUCGAAUAAGGAUCUCGACGAAGAGCCGAAACUCAGUUUAGGCACAGUACUGAAGAAUGUAGAUUCUAUUCAACUAAUAUGCAAAAGUUUGGUAUCAUCUCCUAAUCCCAACUUUUCAAACGACGAGGAAGAUGAUAACGCUCCCAACGCGGCUCAAACGUCUAACGUCAAAGAAGAAAAAUCAACAAAUGCUAAGGAUACCACAAAAACAUCGAGCGCAGCGGAGGAGAAUGAUGCGACUCGAACAAACACGGAAGAAGCACAGAAACCAAAAUCUGCCACACCAAAUUUGAGUGCCUGGUUCAAAGCCUUUGGAGCGCCAAAAUCAAAAAAGAAGGAAGAGGAAGUGGAGGAAGUCGCGAAAAAGGACACUGACUUACAGGAAGUGUUUUGUGGUAGACAGCGACGUCUGAGCACCGGUGGUAGCAGUAUCAGUGAAUCUAUGUCUAGUUUCUCUCAAGAAUCACCGCCGGCAUCGCGCACAGCUCGGUCUCCUCAGUGUCAACCCGUGAUAACUCCCACUGAGCCGAUAAGAGGUGCGGGAUUUUAUCAGGAUGCGUUAUCGACUGGGAGCAGUCCUUACAACAGUCCUUAUUAUACGACACCUCCAAGAUACAGUGCACAGUUGCCACCCACACCGUCCCCUCAAAAUCAUCCUUUGUCUCCGGCCUAUCCAUCUUACGAGCAACCGCCAUCUGCCUAUCCACAGGUGCACGCGCAGCCACCUCAUCAGUCGCCGUAUCAGAAGUCCUCGCCCCAGGACAAUACCAACGAAGCAUAUCCGCAAAUGUCUCCGCAACGCUUUUCACAACUGUCUAACAACGGUCAGAAUCAAUCUCCCGUCUAUCCACAACACUCACCUCAACCGAUGCAACCGGUUUAUCCUCAGCCGUCGCCUCAGACACCGCCGUCGAAUUAUUCGCAACCUUCGCCGCAACAGCCAUCUACCCCGAAUUACUCGCAACCGUCUCCCCAGCAGAACGCGGUCGCUAAUUAUUCUCAACCUUCUCCUCAGACCAAUUAUCCGCAAGCUUCUCCGCAACAGCAACAUUCACCCUAUUCGCAACCUUCUCCUCAAACUCCACCGAAUUACUCGCAACCGUCCCCGCAGCAGCACUCUCCGUAUACGCAGUCCUCGCCUCAGCAACCUGCCGGAUACGGUCAGCUUUCGCCGCAACCGCCAGCGAAUUACUCACAAACUUCACCUCAGCCGCCCAGCGCGUACUCACAGCCGUCUCCUCAACCACCAAGUUAUCCUUCACAACCGUCGCCACAAACGCGCGCUGCAAACUAUUCUCAACCGUCGCCGCAACCUCUAAAUUCAUAUCCAAAUCCGCCACUUGCUCGAAAUUAUUCCCAACCGCCACACCAACAGAUUCAGACCUAUUCUCAGCACUCGCCGCAAGCGCCGUCGCCGCAAAACAGUCCGUAUUCUCAAACAUCACCGCAGCCGCUGACCAAUUAUUCGCAAUCGCCUCAACAACCAGCGACUUACUCGCAUCCGCUACACUCACCGCAAACGCCACAGAAUUACUCGCAGCUUUCACCGCAGCAACCAUCGGGACAAACAGUAACGGCAAAUUAUUCACAACCGUCACCGCAACAGACUCACAGUUAUCCACAAUCCUCACCCCAACAAAAACCUUCUUCCUGCAAUCCGUCGCAACCUCCCCAACAAUCGCCCAAUUACUCGCAACCCUCUCCCCAGCAACAGAGUGUCAAUUACUCUCAGCUUCAAUCGUCGAAAACCUCAGAGGCACCACCGCCUUCGAACUACUCCCAAGAUUUCAAGCAAAACUCUUUAUACAAUCAACAAUCGCCAACGGUAUCUUCGUCUGUGAAUGAAUCUGAACAUCGGGCGGAAUAUAUGAAAUCGAGCGCUCCUGAAAAACCCGCGAGCGGAGAGCAACAGAGGAAUUUCCCUGUUCAUUCGGAACCAUCGUUGAGUCUAAACGCAAAUCAUCAGAUCUAUAAAUCACCGAGUCAGUAUCCAUCGACAUAUCCGAAUAGUUUUCCCAUCGAACACCAAAGAUCUGCUUCGAGACACAGCAGUCAACAACAGACGCCCCAACAAUCUACACCGCAGGAGUCGCGCGCUAGUUUUACCGAAAUGCAAUCGCGCAACUUCCUCGGCAAAGCACCGUCUGGCGAACCGGUGUCCGCACCUGCGCCGGAUCAAACGCAGUUGUUAGCAUUCCAACAGAAUUUGACGACGGCCCACGAGUCGCUGUAUCCAAGUGGUUUCCAGUCAUCUAGUUAUUCGCUACCGCCGCCAACAACAAGGCCGGUAUAUCCUAGUCCACACUAUUUCGAUGCCAGCUCUAAGCCCGCCAGUAGCGGUGGUUCGUCCAGUAGUCCGACCAGCAAUCCUCCCCCGAUGAAGAAACGAGCGUACGAGCCACCAUCGUCCGGCGAAUCCAGUUCGCGCGGUCUAUCGCAGGAAAGCUCGGUGACACGUCCGAAUCAAGAGCAAUUUCCGAGUUUUGAUCCGAUGAUGGCUCUUCCGCAACCAGACACCGUAUCGGUCAGUCAAUUCGAUGGCACACCGUACGUACACGUAAGCCUUGCCGACUCUAUGGCGACCAAUUCGGCGUAUGCGCGACUGAGCUUCAGUCUGGUAGGUCGAACGCCAAGUAAAGAGCAGCAACAGUUGUUGACGAUUCCUCGACUGCCACCCACGGCGAAGCCGGAACAUCUCACGGCUUAUGGUCGCGCUACCGCGCCUGGCGCAGCCGAGUUCGAACAACUUAAUCUGUUGCAGAGCGCAAAAAACAAUCAGGGCAUUCUCGCGAUAUCGAGACGAGCCGGCGAGAGCGAAGCGCGGACAACGCUCGCGGUUACGACGCCUACUGCUGCAACGACAAAGACUAGGAAGAGCCGAAAGACCAAGCACCCGCAGCAAGAACAUAGCACAAGCGUUACAACAACGUCCACCGCGGCAAUCGUUGAUCAGCAACAAGCGGGUAUAUCCGCUUUCCCGCAAUACGCGGCCGCGUCUGCUGCGUCCACCGCUGAUUCCAUCGGUACUCUGAAAACACCUGCGGUGGCGGUACCGCCACCACCACCACCCACUGGCAGUGCCUUUAACUUCGCUUCGCCCACCGGUAACGCGACUACAAGUCACGCGCCGCCGUUUGUCUACGACAAGGACGCUACCGCGGCAGCUGCGUUUGCCUUUCUGACGGAUGAAUUUCGCAAUCCGACCAGUUACUACAAUAUGGCUCUACGGCAGCAACAGCAGCAGCAGCAACAACAACAGCAGUCGACAGUGGUUCCGUCAACGGUAACGAAUGCCUCGGGCCAGUCGACCGCUUGCAACAAACUUGGAAAUCAACCGCCACCUCCGCCAAGAAACUAUCCGCCACCUCAUCCGUUUCUUCACUCAGCCGCUGCUGCAGCCGCCGCCGCUCAGAGGUCCUACGUCCCUCCGGUCUCCGCCUACGUAACGCCCCACGGACCCAAUCUCACGGUAGACCCGGCCUAUCAACAAUACUUCCAUUCGUUCUAUACUCUUCAACCGCCGCAUCACAGACCGCCUUGGCUUUAGCUACUAAGAUCGUUGUAAGAUCGGUUAACUUUCAGAUGAACAUCGGCAGACAACGCGGUGGGAGAUAACGAAGAUGAUCGGACGAUCGCGCAAUACCAAAUGAUCGAAAGUCUUUUGGCGAGCGCGCGAGAGAGCGAUAUGCCCUUUAUAUAUUUUAUCUUUUUUUUUUUUUUUUUAUAUAUAUAUAACGUAAAGGACAUUCUCCUCGCGACUUGUCUCUUUUUUUUUAAUUAUUUUUUACUACGCAUUGUGCGUAUCCGUAAGGCUCUCUACGGAAUUAGAUAAAUACUUUGUACAGAUUUCUUUUAGCCUGAAACGGCGCUUCUUUUUUACGAGCAAUCUAGUAAUUUGAAUAUGAAUCUUUGGCAUUUUUACACUGUCAGAAAAAUGACGAGUUCCAAGCUUUUAUCCGGCAAAAAAAGGACGAACGGAAUCCACAAUGUGUAGCCACGUGUAUAUAUAUAUACAAAAAAAAAAAAAAUCUACUUUCGAU